UGAUCGUCAUAAAUUGCAGUGAUGAUGUAACGUCACUGUAGUUUGGAUUCUUGUUCAGUCUAACCCUGGAAGUGGUACUGUUUUUGCGUAUUUGCAUAUUUAUACGGGAUUUCCACGAACUUCUCCGUCCCACUGCAGUAAUCAUUACCAAAGAGACGUGAGGGAGGGAGAGAGAGAGAGAGAGUGCAAAGGAAGCAAUUAGAGAUGGAUGUGGGUAGAAGGAGAAGUGUGGUGGCAGGGUCUGUGUGGGAGAGCAGGAUGAAGAUUGAUGAAGUGAGAGGUGGGAUUAAGGUAUUCAAUGGUGAAGAAGAAAGCUCUGAGGAAAGUAUGGCCUCCGUAAAUAAUGGUGGUGGUGGGGAUACUACAACAAGGUUAAAGAGAGGCCAAGCCGGUGCUGUGGCCACCAGUGGGAAGAGGAAGACAUGGAAAUCCGAGAGCUUUGAUGGUUUUGACAAGAGCCCAUUUCAGAUAUCCAAACGAAAACCUGAGCCGCUGAAAAAUUCCGAGGAACAGUGCAAGGAGCUGACUGUUUCUGCCGAGGGAAUCAAGAAGAGCCCAGCUCAGGCCAGGAAACUGAGAUCUGAGGGAAGCAAGGAGGCUGGUGUUUCUGUUGAGAAGUUCGAGAGGAGCCCCAUUCAGAUGAGGAGGUCAAGAUCCGAAUCACUCAAGGGGGUCGGUGGGGAAUCUGGCGGGGGAAUUGAGAGGAAUUCGGCGCAGUUGAGGAAGGUGAAGUCGAACUCGGUUAAGGCUGUUGAGGGAAGCGACAACGGGAUUGAUCAGAAAACUCCGGUUCAGCUCAGAAAGGCCAAGUCGGAGUUGAGUCAAACUGUGGAUGAUUCAGGGGAGGGAAUUGGCGAAGAUUUUGUUGGAGGAAAUGAGAAAAGUGCAGUCGAUGAAUUAGGGACGGCUGGAUCUGACGAAACUUGCAAGGAGUUUGGCAUUUGCGAAGAAAAAGUUAUAACAGAUAGGACCGUGGUGAAUUAUGAUCCAAAAUUGGUGGUGAACAAUGACGAGGACGACGAUCGUGAUGUUGUUGAUGCAGAAGAUGAAGAAGACGAAGAGGAGGUGGAUGAGGAAACUGAGAUUGAUGUUAAGAAAAUCAAUGUUCCAGAUCCCAAGAAGAUUGUCACCGUAGAGAAGAAGGCUGUCGGUGAAGAAAAUAAGGUUGUCAAUGAAGAAAAAAAGAUUGUCAAUCAAGAGAGAAGGCUUCAUCAAGUUAGUAGAAAACCAGUGAUCACUGUAGAACAGUCUCCUCCACUUGUAAAACGUCGUGCUAUGUACCAGAAUCUAUCAAAGCCCACUCUGAGGAACCAGGAAUUCUCAAAACCCACUCCAAGUUCUUAUGAACAAACUUUUCCGGAAACCCACAGCAAAUUGCAAAGUUUUGUGGACUUGGUAAUGUGGAAAGAAGUCCCAAGAUCAGCACUUGUGGUGCUAAUUGGAUCAUUUUUCAUAUUCUCAUCUUCCUACACAAAGGAUCUCAAUCUCAGCUUUAUUUCUGUGAUUUCCUACAUGGGGCUUGUUUAUCUUGCUGCCAUUUUCAUCUAUAGGACCCUCAUAUGCAGGGGAGUUGUAUAUAUAGAUGAUGCAAGCUAUGUGCUGGGGGAACAAGAAGCAAUAUGGUUACUGAGAUUGGUUCUUCCUUACGUGAAUGAGUUACUGUUGAAACUCAGAGCCCUUUUUUCUGGAGAUCCUGCAACUACAAUGAAGCUGGCAGUACUGCUCUUUGUUUUGGCCAGGUGUGGCAGCUGCAUAACCAUCUGGACUGUGGUUAAAUUGGGUUUUAUGGGUGUUUUCACAGUUCCAAAACUCUGCUCAUUGUACUCUGCACAGUUAACUGCAAUUGCCAAAUUUUGGGUUCGGCGCUUGCACGAUAUAUGGGAGUCGUGCUCACACAAGAAAGCUGUUGCUGCAGCCAUUGUUUUUCUGGUCUUGAACCUAUCCUCAACUGUUGCACGCUUUUGGGAAGUGUUCAUGCUGUAUGUGGCUUUCCGAUGCUACCAGCAGUCUUCUUCAGUGAGAUAUGAUUGGGGGGAAGAUGAAGCAGGAGUUGAAGAAACUUCAUGACAAGAAGGAUCAGGAGGAUCAAUUUGAAUAUAGAGCAGUACAUACACGUACAAGGGUGGCCAAAUCAUUAACCAUUUAAGAGGGGG